GGAAAACACUCGCACAAGGAACCUGUUGGCAAAAUGGAAAUUAUGGGUCAGUAUUGGGACCGCCGCUGUUUAACAUCUUUGUCGGCAACAUGGACAGUGGGAUUGAGUGCACCCUCAGCAAGGUUGCCAACGAUGCCAAGCUGUGUGGUGCGGUCGACACACUGGAGGGAAGGGAUGCCAUCCAGAGGGACCUUGACAGGCUAGAGAGGUGGGCCCGUGCAAACCUCAUGAAGUUCAACAAGGCCAAGUGCAAGGUCCUGCACGUGGGUCGGGGCAAUCCCAAGCACAAAUACAGGCUGGGCGAUGAGUGGAUUGAGAGCAGCCCUGCGGAGAAGGACUUGGGGGUGUUGGUUGACGAGAAGUACAACGUGACCCGGCAAUGUAUGCUUGCAGCCCAGAAAGCCAACUGUAUCCUGGGCUGCAUCCAAAGAAGCAUAGCCAGCAAGUCGAGGGAGGUGAUUCUCCCCCUCUACUCCGCUCUUGUGAGACCCCCACUGGCGUACUGUGUUCAGCUCUGGGGCCCCCAGCAGAAGGAGGACAUGGACCUGUUGGAGCAAGUCCAGAGGAGGGCCACAAAGAUGAUCAGAGGGCUGGAGCACCUCUCCUACGAAGACAGGCUGAGAGAGUCAGGGUUGUUCAGCCUGGAGAAGAGAAGGCUCCAGGGGCACCUUACAGCAGCCUUCCAGUACCUAAAGGAGGCCUACAAGAAAGCCGGAGAGGGACUUUUUACAAGGGCAUAUAGUGACAGGACAAGGGGUAGUGGCUUUAAACUGAAAAGAAAGUAGACGUAGAUUAGAUAUAAAGAAGAAAUGCUUCAUUCUGAGGGUGGUGAGGCGCUGGAACAGGUUGCCCAGAGAAGUUGUGGAUGCCCCAUCCCUGGAAGGGUUCAAGGCCAGGUUGGAUGGGGCUUUGAGCAACCUGGUCUAGUGGAAGGUGUCCCUGCCCAUGGCAGGGGGGUUGGAACUAGAUGAUCUUUAAGGGCCCCUACAACCCAACCUAUUCUAUGAUUCUAUGAUAGGCUGAAAUGAUUUAGUUUAUAAAUGCAUGAUUUUUUUCUAUAUUCAUGCUUAAUUUUAUUUUGUCAUUUAGAGUAUCUUUACGUGCAUAAAUAGAUCUGGGAGAUUUAUAAAGUGUCAGAAUAGCAGCCACAAUGAGACAAUAUUAGAAUAGUCCUUUUUUUCAGUAUUUCUUCUGAUCUUGUAAGUAUGAAAAAUAAUGUGCUGGCUUUUCAUUUCUUAAUCCUCUAAGGAAUGUAGCAACUUUAAGGAGAAUUAAUCUCUCCUUACUUUGGGAGUCUAAAACUUGGGCGCUAUGAUGAACAAGAUCACUGAGGAGUACCCUGUUAUCAGGGAAGAGAAAUGGCUACUGCCAAAGAGCUGAUAAGCAUC